UUGCAAGCUUUAUAGCCCUGCGGUACCCCACAACGGCUGAAGUGAUCAGUGGCAGGGAACUUUCUAAUAUUUUCAACUGCGCCCGCCCUCCGACGCGCGCGUGAACCUCCCAACGACAAACGCACUCGUCGCAGCAGAAGGUGACAGUCGCUUUCGUUAUCUGGCGGGAGCUGUGCAAUGAUGUGUAGCUCCGCGAGUCGGCAAUGUUGCCCAUUGUCCAAAACUCUGCUACAUCCACUGCCUGCUCCCCGCCAACAUAUGGCCCGCUCUGAAUGCACGCAACACGGAGGACAAUAUCGCUGGCUGCACCUUUGUCCACUCCCGUAAAAUUUGUUUACCGCAGUGAGGAAGAACAAUUCGUCGGAGGGCGCACGUUGUCGGUUGUUCACUGUGGGAGAAAGUCGCUGCCAUAACGGCUGGGGAUGGCUGAAGAUGAUUCUACAACUGGGCUCCCCAUAGGCCUAUAAGAGGUAAUACUUCCGUAUUCUUACCUCCAUAACAAUAUCCGUAGCCCUCUUUCAACAGAAACCCAUCAACCACAAAGAAUGCGCUUCGACUGUACAUCAUUUCUCUCGGUGGUAGUUCCUCUACUCGCCUACACUCUUCCAACCUCGGCCUUACCAAACAUCAAGUGCCGCACAAACUCGAACCAAAACUGCAUGCAAAUUGCCGCCGAACAACACGUUGGCGCUGGCGGUGUCGCAAACAUCUUGUCAGAUCAGGUGCAAAUGGCCAAUGGCUACCGCGACCAGAGCGAGACAGAUCUCGUGAAAAAAAGUCUUUUUGAUCUUAUCCAGGAGCCAAUGGCAUGUAGUAGGGACGGCGUGUACUGCGAGGAUUACACGAAUGGGCCCGAUGGCGUGGAAGCCAAGCUGCUUUUCGCUAAUCGAGAGUUUGUAAAGAACACCAGAGUGAUGAAGGAAGGAGCGUUAUCAUAUGUUUGUGCAUGCUUUGACGCUUGAUGCUGUGGGGAUUAGUCAUGUGGCCACGGAUAUAUAUUUGGAACAUCUAUCAUUUGUUUAUAUAUGCAUGCGUGUAUGCGUUAUGCUUUUCGCUAAUCGACAGUUCGUAAAGAACACCAAAGUGAUGAAGGAAGGAGUGUUAUCAUAUGUUUGUGCAUGCUUUGACGCUUGAUGCUGUGGGGAUUAGUCAUGUGGCCAUGGGAUAUAUAUUUGGAACAUCUAUC